GGAAAUCUUUCGGUCUUUAAUAGCGGAGAAAAUCUAGGAGCUGCUAGUAAUCUACGGAAUUAUCCGCUAAAUAAGAUAGGAGCUAGUCCGGAUCCUAAAGUAAAGCGCGGCUCUUAUCGGUUCCUCCCUAUAUCUAAAAAACGAAGUAGAGCGGACUAUACGGGGUUAGACGUACCGUCUUAUAAGAAGAAAAGGAAGAAUAAAGUUAAGGCGAAAGAUAAGACUACUCUUAAAGAAAUAUCCUUAGCGAUCCACUCGGAAGAUAUAGAUACUAUUCAAAGCGCCGAACUUCUUAACCUAAAGGAUUUGCUAACCUCUAAAGGCCCUCUUAAUGAAUUUACGAUAGCCGAGAAGGUCGCUACCGAGCGCUUUAUAAGGGAAGCGGGUUAUAGACUUAGCCUCGCUAAUUAA